UAAACCGUUUAUGCGGUUGAUGCCUCAGAGCAUCAACAUGGCGCGUAAACGCGUUUAUGUGACAAUGAUGGCGAUGUGCGGCAAACUCGUGAGGAGAGUUUACUUUAAUAGCUAUGAUGAUUUCAUAGAGGAUGACCACCUGCAAGUCAGUGUAUUGAGAAGUGCACACCUAUUAUCAUAUUGCUGUUAAGACUAUUGGUAUGGACAGAGAUGGAAUGGCUAGUCAGCCUCUGCUGGGGUCAGACGAUGACGAGCCGCGAUCGGCGGCGCCCGGUCGCCACGCGGCGCUACAGCAGCAGCGUCUGAUGGCCGGCCGCCAGCAGCAACAGCUGGACCGCAUCGGCAGCUCGGUCGGCACGCUGCGCAACAUUUCCCGACAAAUCGGCGACGAGGUCGAUCAGCAGAACGUACUAGUCGAGGACAUAACUCACGACGUGGAUUCUGCGCAAGGCAAAAUGGAUGCUACGAUGCACAAAAUGGCCAAAGUUCUAAGAAUCACAAAUGAUCGUCGUCAGUGGACAGCGAUUGCCGUGUUAUCACUUAUACUCUUCAUUAUCAUACUGUUGUUCUUCAUUCUUUGACGGCACCAGUCAUCCGACGAGCUUCGCUACUGUUGUUGCAGUCAGGCCGGCUUUUGCCAUUGCACCUAUCUGUGAUAACCGAGAUAGAUGAACGGGCUAGCCACGCGAGCAGUUAUAACCGAACCUUAUCCAGAAAUAGUAACCGAUUCAUUGUGGAAUGAGCUGGGAGGGAGCAAAGUAGCAUUAGGUUAUAGUGGCGUCAUCGUAAUUUUUAUUAUCUUUGUCUACAAAGAACUGCAAUUUGCUCCAUUUCCUUUAGUUCAUUGAGGUACGUUCGCACUUCGCGUUGAGCCUCAUUCACGAGAAUGAAACGAUGGUCACAGUAUAUUACACCGUGAUAAUGCAGGCAUGGUGUAUUCAGCAGCCCUUAAUAGUUAAUACCCAACCUUAUCUGUAAGAAUCUUGUUUGAUACCACCGAUUGACCUAUAGCAGAUCGUGAUCCAGAAUCAUUUCCUCUGUGAGACGUAGUGCUCUUACGCUAAGGUCAGGUUUUGGUAUCAGUGGUAAGCGGGAGCAUCAACAUGGCACUGAGACUGAUGGCUUGGCUUUCUGGUUUGUCCUGUCCGAUUCCGGUCUCGACCCCCUCUGUCAUAUCGGUACGGGCGCCGUUCCGUUCACCGGCUCAUUGCUGAGGUGGUCCUAUAUAAUACUGAACGAGGCCGGUGUAAAUAAAUUUUCAAGACCGAGGUCCUUACUGGAUUUUUGAACGAGGCCGAAGGCCGAGUUCAAAAAUCAGUAAGGACUGAGGUCUUGAAAAUUUAUCACCGGCCGAGUUUGGUAUGUAUUUUACUGUAUGCCAACGAUGCCAACGAUAAAUUUAUUUUCUGGACCGAAGCUCUUAGCCGACUUAGGAACGAGAACAUCCCAAAAUGUUGGCUUAAGUGCAUUCUGGUAAUGCAUUUUUGACCGUGGUCAAUUUGCUUACACCAGUUAUUACCACACCCCUCUGGCUAAUGUAUUUGAAUAGACCAGGCAUACAGUAAAAACUGUCGCAGUGGUUUGUGCGUUGUAUUUCGCCAAAGACGAGAUCGCUAAAUACUGACUGAGAUACAGAUAUUCGUGUCAUCUUCUACUCAGAAAGUGUUAGGUACGAAGGUAGUGUCGUGCUACCGACCCGUACGUUGAUAACGUGCCAUUUCAGAUGGGUUGAAACUGUAUGGAUGUUAGACCACCACAAGGGCGUGCUUUGGAGAUUGGCCGAUGGCCAUACCGCUGCGUUCACGGUUACCUAUAUUUAGGUACCUAUAUACAUCUUUACUUAUGUUGUUGCAUUACAUAUUUAUGAUAUGGGCAUUUACUCCAUACCAGUCAUUGCUUCGGUCUCGUGAUGUUUUGAAUCUCGUCCUGCCUUUCAGUUAGCUUUGAAAAGCAAUGGUCGAGCCGUCGUGUCCGUUGGGCACUAGACUUUCGACGGCUGUCGUCAAGUGUUCACAUCGCCUAGUGUAAAACUCGUCUGCGAUUUGAUGUACGGUAACUUUGAAAUGUGUUUGGUUGUUUUCGUUGCAAAAGUUACAAUAAAAAUACAUAAUGAGCGAUU